AUGGGCGCCGAGGUUCGGGCCGGCAGCGCGGCCCUGGCCCCGCGGGUUGUGGCAGCCGCUCGGGAGGAGCUGGGCGCCGGGCGGCGGCUGCCGGCGGCCCGGGCCCUGCAGCUCACCGGGGAGGUGCUGGCGGUGGCUGCCGGCCUGAAGCCGGCUCUGCUGUAUGACUGCGGCUCGGCGGGGCCGGCAGAGCUGCGCCGGUUCCUGCAGCGGCUGAGGGAGGCCGGGCUGGGCCCGCUCCGCAUCCAUGUGCUGAGCAUGGAGGGCUCGGCCCUGCUGCUGCACCCGGGGCUCGCCCGGAGGAGGGUGGCGGCCGUGCUGGGUGCGCACCCCGCGCCCUUCGUGGAUGUGUCGGCAGGGCGGCAGAGCCCGGGUCUGUGCGGGCCGGCACAGGCCGAGGCCAUCAGGGGCCAUCUUGCGGCCCUCUUGGCCCACUUGAGUGCUGCUGAGGCGGCCAGCGCCGGGCCCGUGUCCUCCAGCGAGGUUGUGCCCAGCGGCUGGAACCUCUGCACCAUCGUUGGGGUGCUGCUGGGGUACCCGGCCGCAUACACCUUCUCCAUGGAGAGCCCUGAGAACUGCCUGGCGCUGACGCCGCUGAGGGUGUUCACAGCCCAGGCCUCCUGCCCCAGGAUAAAGGACAGGCUUGGGGUCCAGAUCUACUCCUUCAGCAUCCCAGAGAGCCUGUGCGGGGAGCUGGAGCAGGCGCUGGGUGCCUGGAGCGAGCAGCUGAAGGAGGCUUUCAGUGCACAGAGUGACUUUGUAGGUCUGUGCAUCUCCAGCCAGGUGGUGUCCCUGCCAGCGGUUGCCUUGUAAAACACAAGCUCAGACUUCUUGGCCUCUCUCACUUGCAUCACGGACUCAGGAUUCGCAUGUUUGCGGCUCACAAGAGGCCUUUGAGCACCAAAGGGUGAAGUGUGAUGCUCUUGGGCCCCGACCUCGUAGGCUGGGUGCAGAUAAAUGCGUGGUGAUGCAGAAAACCAGCGUGGACGUACACAUGUUGUGGGUUAAGUGUCCAUCCUGACUGCAGAGACUGCCCUGUGAAGUCAGGUUCUAUUUCUAUGCUGCCAACAGCUGAGGAUUGAAUAAACGCAAU